AUGGGUUGCAUCAAUCGUGCCAUAGCUUACGCGAUCGUGCGUGAGCCUCCGGAGACAAUGGACGAGAUUUCUCUCUAUUUGUACUCGGCACAGACAACCUAUGAUGAAAUCACUCAGAGGCCUGCCCCAAAGAGUAGAUGGAGAGAAAACAUUGCCGCAAAAGUAGCCGCAAGGAAAGCCGAGCUGGAAGCGCUGACUGGGCACAUUUUGAAUGUGAGCAAUGGGGUCAAGGGCAAGACUCCCCCCUUGGUGCGUACUUUACUUCGUCGGGAACGAGCUGCCAAAUGGGACCUCAACGAGUUGAGGCGUGUCCGGGCAGAGAGGGAGGAGCUGAUUCUCGUUUAUCAGAAGAAGCUCUCAACUCAUGAGUCUCGGUGUCAGCGCAGGCGGGAGAACAACCUGUUUGAAUUUAAUCGCAGGUCGUUCUAUCGUCGGUUGCACGGAGAGACGAAGGAGGGUACCCAGCAAAUGGCCGAAAUGUUUGACACAUGGGGGAGUAUGUGGAAAGCACGUCCUCGCAAGGGUGUGUCGUUUCCGUUUUGUGGACCCGAUGCUCCCUUGAUGACCGAGUCUUGUGGUGUCUCUGACAUCCGCAAGAAGUUCGAUGAAGCAGUAACCCGUCUCUCUGACUGGAAGACACCUGGGGUCGAUAAAGUGUAUAAUUUCUUUAUUAAAAAUUGCAAACCUAUCCAUGAUUGCAUGUGUCGAGCAAUCGAACAGUUUACACUAGACCCUGGCUCGAUUCCAGAGUGGUUAUGUACUGGGGUCACUUAUUUGAUCCCUAAAGUAGAUAACCCUUCCGCUCCGACAGAUUAUCGUCCGAUAACCUGUAUGCCCAACCUGUACAAGUUGAUGACUAAGGGGGUGGCUACUGAGGUCAGAAAUUUCGUGGAGGUGAAUGGGAUUCUGUCCGAGAACCAGUUAGGUACUCGGCGGGAUUGCCAGGGAGCUAAGGAGCAGGCACUGAUCAACAAAUGCCUCGCGAGAGCCCACGGAAACUCACUAGUGUCAAUGUGGGUGGAUGUGAAGAAGGCAUAUGACUCGGUUGAUCAUGCCUACCUCGUUGAGUGUCUGCGAAGGCUUAAGUUGCCAAUGUGGUUUAUCAAAUUUGUUGCAACUGUGAUGGACAGGUGGAACGUCCAUCUAAAUUACAACAAAUGCGAUAUAGGCGAGGUGAAACUAGAGAGGGGCAUAUUACAGGGCGACAGCAUGUCUCCGCUGCUGUUCGUCCUCUGCCUAGAACCGCUGAGUAGAGUCCUCACUGCCCAAUUCGAACAAAUGUCGAUCGAACAUGAAGGAGGGUGUUUUAGCACCAACCAUCUCAUGUUCAUAGACGACAUUAAGCUGUUCGCUCGGUCUUCAGAGAUCCUCCACUCAAUGGGUAAAGUCCUGAAAGGUUUCAUGAAGGCCGUGGGGUUGGAGCUCAACUACGACAAGUCGGCGACUAACACCCCUGUGUGCGGUGACCUAGUCAAAGUCUUGGAGGAACACCAAGGAUAUAAGUAUCUUGGUGUGGUUGAGAGUCCAGCCUCAUUAAUCACACCCGAAACGAGAAAGUGUGUAGUGGAGGGUGUGCGUAGUAGGGCGGCAAUGUUAUGUAAGACUUGGCUCAAUGCACGGAACUUAUUUCAUGCCUUGAACGAGUAUGCCAUCUCAUUGCUAAACUACUACGUUGGCCUGAUCGAAUUCGAGCCGAGUGAGUACGAUGAAAUGGACCUUAUUGUCCGAAGAGUACUCCGAGAGAAUCAUGUCCACGUGUUGGCAAGCAAUAAGGAGAGAUUGUACUUGUCUCGCGGGCAGCUAGGACGUGGACUGAGUAACAUCGUACACUUAAGUGAGCGAAUUCUUACUAAGAUGCACGACACCUUGUGGAGUGGGUCGAGUGUAUCCCAAAGGAAGGCUGCCAUCCUUGCUGCUGAAAAAGCGCGUGGUACACACCUAGGAACCAUAAAAGGCUAUGUGUCGGCUAAGUAUGGUCUAGGUGCUACCCAAGUUAAUGUGAAGGAGUUGAUCAAACUUCAAAAGGAGUCUUUAAUUAAAAAGAUCAACUUAAAAGUCCUUCACAAGACUCUCUUUAGCAGCCUGGACAACCCGCACAUUGACGUAUCGUCGUCAUCUACGUGGCUGAAAUAUGGGAAUAACUCUCCCCGAUCAGAAGGGUUGUUCUCAUAUUUGCAGGAUAGAAACUUUUUUAAUGGUCAACGGAAACAGUGUAACCACUGUAAGAGUAAGGCAAUGACCGUUGACCAUUUAGCCACGAAGUGCGGGAGUAUGCUUUACCAUGAUUACACAUGGAGGCAUAACGAGGUGGUGAGGUCCCUCCAUCUUUUGCUCUGCAAUAAGUACGGCUUGAGGCGGUCCAGAAAGUUGCGAACCCAUCGAGUUCAAUCGGUGUGUGAGAACUCGCGGGUGUGCAUUAAGGUGGAUACCCCCAUACGCACCUCGAUUGUUGUCCAGCACAACAGACCCGACAUUGUGGUCCACGAUAAGGUCACCGGGGAGAUUGUUAUCGUGGAGGUGGGCAUCACGUGCCUAGACCAAAUGGUUUUACUCAACCUUACUAAAGAUGAACUUGAAGUAAUCAAAAAUAUUCAAAUAGAUGUUUUUUAUAUGGACGCCGAUUGCAGAUUUAGUGGAUUUAAGAAG